CCCCAGGGAGGAAGGGUCUCCAUGACGACUGUGGUUAUCAGUAUCCUCCAUGUGUUUCCUGUGGAGGUGUGGCAUUGUGUGGUAGUGGUCAUACAGAUAUUGUUCUCUGAGUAUAGCCACAGAUUUAAGACCUUAAACUCUGUAGUGUGGUGUUUAUGUCCUGAGCUGCUGGAGGUCUGUACACCAUGCCGGGAUGGCACUGAGGAGUCUCUCGUCCAUGGCUUCUGCAGAAGCGAUAGUAGGAGUAUGGUGGCAUGGUUGGUUUCUGUGCUUGGGGCUGCAUCUGGUGGUUUCAAAUCCUUCACCCAUACCAUCACAGGAAACCAACAGCUUUAUGAGAGGCUUCCUGGGUCUGGAUAAAUGCAAUGCCUGUGUGGGCACUUCCAUAUGUAAGAAGCUUUAUAAAGAGCAAAUAAGGUUUGAAAGGUGGCUGUCUCCUCAGUUGCAUUUGCCUUCAGACAACAGGACAUCUUACGAGGGGAAUUACACAGAUGAUUCAGAAACCUGGCGGCCCGUGGUACUAUCACGCCUGGUUUCCCCUGACCUGCACCAGCUGGCUGACAAAAGCAUUUGCAUCUCAGCAGGCAAACGGAAAUCCUGCAGCAUUGAGGCAGUUCUGAGAGCAACACCACGUUUCCAGAACUUGGACAACUCCAAUAUCCUGUCACCCAGUGUGGUGCAGGGUCUGGUUACUCCGAUGCUGCGCUGCCCAUCUCAGAGGCUGCUGGAUCGAAUCGUGCGCCGCUACUUUGAGGUAGCUGAUGUGGGCAGUGUGCAGAUGAAGCACUUCACCAGUAAGGACAAACUCAGAUUGCUCUACACACUGGCUGUCAAUCAACAGCCUCUUAUACUGCAGAUGUUUCCAAGCACUGAGGGCUGGCCCUUCCCGCGCUAUCAUGGUUCCUGCGGCAGGCUGAUGGUGUGGGCAGGCUGCAGACCCCUGAGGAGCCUGUACCCAUCACCACUGGCACACAGAUCUGACGCUGCCUACCAGAUCCUCCACAUCACCCAGACCUUGGCCUCCAAUAGCCUCCACUUCCACCUUUACUACACCAGCGUUUCAGAGGACAUAUUUGGCAUAGCGGAGGAUGGAAGGCUCUUCAUUAUGGAUGCCAGCACAAUCGGGAUCAUCGACCUGCAAGAGGGAUUUUCUGGUAGAGAGCAGAAUUCAUGUUUCCCUCAAUUAUUGCAAGUUGCCCAGGCCCUGAAGCAGCAAAGCAUCCCCACACCAUCACACUACCACCACCAUGCUUGACUGUAGGUAUGAUGUUCUUUUUGUGGAAUUCUGUGUUUGGUUUACGCUAGAUGUAACGGGACCCUGUCUUCCAAACAGUUCCUCAGAACAUUUCCCCAAAAGGUUUGAGGCUCAUCAAGAUGUUUUGGCAAAAUUCAGAUGAGCCUUAAUGUUCUUCUGGGUUAGCAGUGGUUUUCACCUCACCACUCUUCCAUGGAUGCCAUUUUUUGCCCAGUGUCUUUCUGAUAGUGGAGUCAUGAACAGUGACCUUUAUUGAUGCAAGAGAGACCUGUAGGUCCUUUGAUGUUGUCCUUGGCUCUUUUGGGACUUCCUGGAUGAGUCAUUGCUGUUCUCUUGGGGGAAUUUUGGAAGGUCGGCCAAUUCUGGGAAGGUUCACUACUGUGCAGUUUUUCCAUUUGGAGAUAAUGGCUCUCACUGUGGUUCGUUGGAGUCCCAGAGACUUUGAAAUAGCUUUGUAACCCUUCACAGACUGAUGUAUUUCAAUCACCUUCUUCCUCACCAUUUCUGGAAUUUCUUUCAGUUUUGGCAUAGUGUGUUACUGGGUAAGAUCUUUUAACCAACUUCAUGCUGUUGAAAAAGUUCUAUUUAAGGGUUGAUUUGAUUGAACAGGGUGUGCAGUAAUCAGGCCUGGUUGUGUCAGGUCCAGCUGAACCCUGUUAUGAAUGCAGUUUCAUAGAUUUGGGGAAUUAGUAACGAUGGCGUCAAAUACAUUUUCACACACCCAGUUGGUAUCGGAUGAACCCCUUUACUCAAGAUGACUUGCAUGCUGGACUGAACUGUUAAUACUUUUGUCAUGUGUGACUGAGAAGACCUAAAAUGACAAGAUAUAAAAUUAAUUGUACAUCAAAGAUUAUGAGGUGGUAAUAGAGCAUGAUUAUCUUUUUAUUCAGAUAGAGGGUUACUUUGCAAACUCUGCUUUCUUUUAUUCAGCUUAGGACAGAGCUGUAUA